AUGGUAACCAUUAGAGCUUCUUACACUGUGAUUCCAUGCGAAACUACUCCACAGGGUCAUUUAUGGCUCUCUGAUAUAGAUCAAGUCGUACAUAUCAGCCACACACGAACUAUUUACAUUUACAAACCAAAACAGAUUCCUGAAAAUGCCAUAGAAAUCUUGAAAAACUCUCUCUCCAAAAAUCUAGUUCAUUACUAUCCCAUAUCUGGUAGGUUGUGUUACAAGGAAGGUGCUAGAUUAGAAUUGAAUCUCAAUGCAAAAGGUGUUAUUUUGCUUGAAGCUCAAACCAUUAAAGGAAUUCAUGAUUAUGGUGACUUUUCACCUUCUGACUCCACCAAAGAGCUUGUUCCAUUAAUCGAUUAUAACCAACCCAUUGAAGAUAUUCCAUUAUUUGCUGUGCAGCUCACAAGGUUCCAAAACAAUUAUGAAGCCUUUGCAAUUGGUGUUAAUUUUUUCCAUCCUGUAACAGAUGGACUUGGAGCCACUAGAUUUAUGAACUCAUGGGCCAAAAUAGCUAGAGGAGAAACACUCGAGGCUAAUGAGUUACCUUUUUUGGAUAGAACAUUACUCAAAUUUCCACACACUCCAUUGGCACCUCGUUUUGAACACAUGGAAUUGAAGCCUCUUCCACUCAUUCUAGGAAGACCAGACGCAAGUGAAGAAAAAAAGAAGAAAACUUCAGGAACAUUAUUGAGACUUUCACCAGAACAGGUUGAAGAGUUAAAGAAAAAAGCUAAUGAAUAUAAUACGAAGAAAAAAGGGUUUAGGGGCUUUAGUAGAUAUGAAGCAAUUGGUGCACAUGUAUGGAGAUGUGCAUCUAAGGCACGUGAGCUUGAAGAACAUCAAGAGAGUGUUGUUAGAUUCUAUGCUGAUGUUAGAACAAGAAUGAUCCCACCUCUUCCUAAAAACUAUUUUGGAAAUGCUUUGACACAAACAGCUGCAAAAGGGUAUAUUGGAGAAAUCACGUCAAAGCCAUUAGGUUAUGUUUCACAAAUGAUAAGAGAAGCUACAGAGAUUGUAACAGAUGAAUUUAUAAGGUCACAAUUUGAUAUUAUUAGAGGAUUUAAACAUUUGGAUGGUGCAAGGGCUUUGUUUUUAGGUGUUGUAGGUGAGAACAUUCCAUAUUUUUGGAACCCUAAUUUUUAUUUAACUAGUUGGAUGAAUAUGCCUCUUUAUGAAGCUGAUUUUGGAUGGGGGAAGCCUGUUUAUUUUGGAACAGCUGACGUGGCUCCGAAUGAUAGGGCAGUGAUUCUUCUUAGUCGAUGGAGAUGGAUCUAUUCUUGUGUGUUUGCAUUUUCAGAUUGCACAUUUGGAGCUUUUCAAGAAGUUUUUCUAUGGUGA